AUGAGCACUGUGGAGGAUUUUGUUCUGCAGGCGCUGGCAUCCACAGAUGCCGUUGAGUCUGACAAGUUGGCGGAGACGUUGCGGGUCAAUCAUCAAGAUGUUGUGGGCGCCAUCAAGUCACUGGAGGCGGAUGGCUACGUUGUGAGCGAAAUUAAGCCAAAACCAACGUGGAAGCUGACAAGUGAGGCGGAGAAUAUAUGCGAGAGCGGCAGCCCAGAGUUUCUUCUCUGGGAGUUGUUGGCAGGUGGUGCAAUGACACAAGAAGACAUUGCUGAGAAGUUUGGAAAAGAUGUGGCCGCUGUGGCAGUAGCGAAUGGCAUGAAGGCUAAAAUCUUUGCUUUAAAUAAAAGUGAGGGUAAAAUCAUCGUCACUCGUUCCCCUUCUGUCUCCUCCUUUCACGACGGCAUACGCGUUUCACUGAUGCGGGCCCUGAAGGGCGAGCAUGUCGAUCCAAAGGAAGCGGAGACGCUCAAGAAGCGCAAGCUGGCGACGCUGGACAACAUGAAGGUCUUUUUCGUGACCAAGGGCCCAAAUUAUGCGACACAACGACGGGCAAAGGCGGUGGGUGAUCUCACGAAGGAAAUGCUGCAGGAUGGGUCGUGGAAGACAGCGCACUUCAAGGAGUAUAACCUUGGCGCCGCGGGUCGUGAGGUGGGCUGUGGCCAGCUGCACCCACUCCUCAAGGUACGCCAAGAGUUCCGCGAGAUAUUCAUGGAGCUUGGUUUUCGGGAGAUGGAGACGGAUCGCUGGGUGGAGUCUUCCUUUUGGAACUUUGAUGCGCUCUUUAUUGCACAAAACCACCCUGCCCGCGAUGUGCAGGACACUUUUUUUGUCUCCAAGCCAUCGACCCAUAAGCUGGAUCACCGCGAGGUUGUGGACCGCGUGCGUGAAAUGCACGAAAAGAACUUUAAUUACACAUGGAAAGAGGAGGAGGCACGGCGUAAUGUGCUGCGCACGCACACAACUUGCUGUUCCGGCUAUUGGCUCCAUCACAUUGCGAAAUCGUCCCCGUUGCUACCGAACGGACGCCGUGAUUUUUGCCCUGGUCGCUACUACAGCAUUGACCGUGUCUUCCGCAAUGAGGAGAUGGACCGCACACAUCUUUGUGAGUUCCACCAAGUUGAGGGCUGCGUCAUUGACCGUAACAUCUCCCUAUCGAAUAUGAUGCACACUUUUCAGCUUUUCUUUAGUCGGAUUGGAGUAGAGAAGUUACGCUUCAAGCCUGUCUUCAACCCGUACACGGAGCCGUCAAUGGAAAUCUUUGGCUGGCACAAGCAGCUGAAGCGGUGGAUUGAAGUGGGCAACAGCGGCCUCUUCCGCCCCGAGAUGCUUGUGCCGCUGGGCUUUGACGAGGACGUCACGGUGAUGGCGUGGGGACUGUCGCUCGAACGGCCAACGAUGAUCAAGUACGGCCUGUCGAGUAUCCACGAGCUCUUUGGUCACAAGGUUGAUCUGCGCUUUAUCAAACAAUCCAAACUGAUGCGUUUCUAA